AUGUCCGCUCCAUCCCACCCGGCCGUUGGACAACACCUUCUCUUCGCUGGUCGACGUCUCCGGACUAACAGCGUAACGGCGGCCCCUGGCUGGUCGGUCACUCCUGCUCCUGAUGACGAAGAUUACACUGGUCUUGAACCAGAUGCGACCGAGUCUGACCAAGCCGGCUCCGCUCCGGCUGACUACCUCACGGACCCUGUUAACCUUUCGGUCGGAUCUGAUGACGCCCCGGCGGACGAUGCUUCUUCUGUCGAUGCUGAUCCUGCCGAUGCUGAGGUGGGUAGCGACCAAGGGCGUAACUUGGACACUGCCGAUCUGUACCAAGCCAGCUCCGCUCCGGCUGACCACCUUGCCGACCCUGUUGGCUUCUCGGUCGGAUCUGAUGACGCCCUGGCGGACGAUGCCUCUUCUGCUAAUUCUGACGUGGAUAGUGACCAAGUGCAUGACGUGGACACGACCGAGGUUGACUAG